AUGGACACUCUUAUUCCGAAUACUCAAUCCGCGUUUCUGAAAGGGAGGCAAUUGGUGGAAGGGGUGGUGGUUGUAAAUGAGGUCAUUGAUUUUGCGAAGAAAUCCGGCAAAGAGUGUUUGAUCCUAAAAGUGGACUUUGAGAAGGCGUACGACUCGGUCGAUUGGGGCUUUUUAGAAUAUAUGCUUGGGAGGUUUGGCUUUAGUGUUAAAUGGCGAAAUUGGAUGAAAGCUUGUGUUUGCGUGGGUAAUCUUUCCAUUUUGGUUAACGGAAGUCCUACCGAGGAAAUUCAAAUAAAGAGGGGUCUUAAGCAAGGAGCCCCUCUCGCUCCUCUCCUUUUUUUGUUGGUGGCCGAGGGUCUAGGUGGGCUAAUGAGAAAGGCGGUGGAAAUUAAUCAGUUUAGGCCGUUCUUGGCUUUGAAGGCUGUGCUUAGGGGUUUUGAGAUGACUUCCGGGUUGAAGAUGAACUUUUGGAAAAGUUGUGUCAUGUGUGUGAAUGUCUCUGACGAAUUUCUGGGGAUGGCAUCUGACUUUCUAAAUUGCAGAAUAGGAAGGACUCCUUUUAAGUAUCUAGGUCUUCCGGUGGGUGCCAAUCCUCAUGCCGAUGAAAGUGUGGCGGGAAUUGGUGAAAAUUCAACGUGUUUUCCUUUGGGGAGGGCUAUCAAAACAAAACAAAACAAAACGUGUUGGGUAAAGUGGGAGGAAAUUUGUAAGCCCAAGAAGGAAGGAGGUUUGGGCAUUCGAGAUCUUCGAUUCGUCAAUGUUAGCCUUUUGGCGAAAUGGAGAUGGAAAUUGUUGUCACACGAUUGUGAAUUAUGGAAAGAUAUUGUGAUAUCUCGGUAUGGAAGUGAUGUUGUUGGAAAGAAGAACCUGGGUGAGGCUGAUAUAACAAGGUUAGGGUCAAUUUGGUGGAAAGAUUUAUGUUUGUUGGAUAGUGAAUCUAAAUGGUUUAUUCCAGCGGUGGAGAAAAGGGUGGAGAUGGGUGAUUCGACGAAUUUUUGGAAUGACGUGUGGGUGGGCAAUCAAACUCUUCAUCAGAAAUUUCCCAGGUUGUUUGGUAUUUCUACUCAGCAGAAUGAGGUGAUCCAGAACUUAGGAAGCGUGGCAGAUGGUCAGUGGCGUUGGGACCUACAAUGGCGCAGAAAUUUGUUUGUGUGGGAGGAAGAGCAGUAUAACGUUCUCAUAGAGUUAAUUGCUCCAUUUGUGCCAAACGAUCAACAUGAUAAGUGGAUGUGGUUAAGGAAUGGUAUGGAAGGUUUUACUGUUAACUUUGCGUAUUUAUUGGUUGUGUCUGCGUAUUCCAAUCAGCGGGUUUGCGACAGUUUGCUUUUAAUAAUAUUUGGAAGUGUGGGUCUUCGUCGAAGAAAUGAUUGUGUUUUUAACAAUGGUGUGUUGAAUGUUGGAGAGGUGGUAGAACAAGUAAAGGUUCUUUCCUGGAAGUGGUUUGUGGGUAGAGUUGCCAAGGGUCCUUGCCUUUUGUAUGAGUGGAGAUGGAGCCCUUUGGAGUGUAUGCCUCGUGGUUGA